AUGACUCCUGAGUAUGAAAAUUUUAGAACGUUAUUUUUGAAAACUGGUAAUAAUUUGAGAUUUUCCACCCCGUGUAUCGUCUCCCACUCUGUGAGGUCACUUCUUAAUGUAAAUAUUCCUUCAUUUGCAGCGGAUCUUCCGUUUAAUCAAGCAAAAUUUUGCUCAAAAUCAGUUUGGAAUCGAAAUGGAAUAACAUUUGCUGAUCAAUCAAUACUUGGUUUAAAUCCUUCUUCAAUCUUUAUUAAUAAACAAAAUUCAAUUUAUUCAAUUAAUCGAGAGAAAAAACAAAUUUUAUUUUGGAAUGAAAAUGAUAUUGUUCCAUCAAAAAUUAUUCCUACUGAUUUUGAUAAUUCAUCUUCUUUAUUUGUUUCAUCAAAUGGUGAGAUUUUCAUUGAUAAUGGAAUGAACAAUCGAGUUGAAAAAUGGAUAUUUAAUAAGAAUGUAUCAAUUAAUGUAAUGAGUGUCUUUUCUUCUUGUUCUGGUUUAUUUAUUGAUGCAUUGAACUUUUUAUAUUGUUCAAUGUCUAAACAUCAUCAGAUUUACAAAAGAGACUUUCAUAAUCCUGUCAUGGGAUGGGAAGCCGUCGCUGGAACAGGUGAACAAGGUUCAACAUCAUAUAAACUUAAUCAUCCUCAUGGAAUAUUCAUUGAUCCACGUUUCAAUACAUAUGUAGCAGAUUGUGGAAAUAAUCGAAUUCAACGAUUUCAAUUAAAACAAAUGUCUGGUUCUACAGAAGUAGGAAGUACAUCAUCUGCAAAACAUCAAUACUCACUUUCAUGUCCAACAGCAAUUAUAUUAGAUGUUCAACAAUUUUUAUUUAUUGUUGAUUCAAAUAGUAAUCGAAUUCUUCGAUCAGGACUAAAUAAUGUUCUUUGUGUUAUCGGAUGCGAUGGAAUUACUAUUAAAUCUACACAAUUAUUCAUUCCAACUAGUCUUGCUUUUGAUAGUUUCCGAAAUAUGUUUGUUGUUGAUUCAAGAAAUAAUCGAAUUCAAAAAUUUGAAUAUUCAUCAAAUUCUUGUAAUAUGUUAUCAGUUAUUCAAUGGACAAAUUCAUCAACAUUAACUGAAAAUAGUCAAAUCUAUUCACAAGAUUGUAAUCAGAAAAGUUAUUAUUAUGAAUCAUUUGAAAUUCGAGUGCCUGAAAAUCGUUAUUAUUCAAUAUGGAGUACUUCUCAAGUCGAUACAUCUGGUUUUAUUUACGAAAAGAAUUUUGAUCCGCUUAAUCCAAAUGAAAAUCUUCUUACAAAAAAUGAUGAUGGAGAAUCUAAUGAACAAUUUAAAUUUGAACUUCCUCUUUAUAAUGACACAAAAUAUAUCUUAGUUGUUACAACAUAUUCUCCAAAGAUGACUGGUGAUAUUACAAUUCAUAUGUCGGGUGUUAAGAAUGUUACUGUUACACGUCUUUGUAAAUAUUGUUUUGCUACACCAGUGAACAUUCAAUCGAAUUAUUCAUUGGAAUUAACUCCUGAUAGUCCAAAAUAUUGUCGAGAUUAUGUUAAGCGAAGGUAUUAUUAUCAAACAUUACAAAUUAAUGUUAUGAAAACAAGUUCAUAUGUUAUUUGGAGUGAAAGUAAAAUAGAAACAUAUGGUUAUCUUUAUAAAGAUAAUUUUGAUCCAUUACAACCAUUUGGAAAUUUAAUUAAACAACAUAGUGGCAAAUGUAAUCAAGAACAACUGAAAUUCUAUAUUAAUCUUGAAGAAAAUACAAAAUAUAUAUUAGUUAUAACAACAUAUUAUCCAAAUAUAACAGGAAAUUUUUCAAUAUUUAUAUCUGGUCAAAAUCACGCUACUAUCAAUUAUUUUAAUUCAAAACAACAAAGUUGUUCAAUUGGAGAUCGAUGUCAUUUUUAUUCCACAACAAUUGGUUUACCACUUGAUGAUAUUUUACGUGGUGAAAUUCAAUCAAAAGUAACAUUAUCACAUCAAUCUACAUCAAUUCAAAUAAGUUCUGCUUUAACUAUUCUAAUGUUUAUUGGAGGAUUAAUUAAUAGUUUAUUUUCUUAUUUAACAUUUCAAAAUAAAGAUUUACAAAAAGUUGGUUGUGGAUUAUAUCUUUUUACAUCAUCAAUUACAUCUCUUCUAACAAUUUCAAUGUUUUUCAUUAAUUUUUGGUUUUCUAUUCUUACUGAAAUCAAUGGAAAAACAAAUUUUUUUAUUCUUCGUAUUGGUUGUAUUAUUAUUGAACCAAUUUUAAAACUUUUUCUUUAUUAUGAUAGUUGGUUAAAUGCUUGUGUUGCUAUUGAACGAGCAAUACAAGUUUUAAAAGGUGUUAAAUUUAAUCAAAAGAAAAGUAAACAAUUUGCUAAAUGGAUUAUUUUUAUUUUACCAUUAUGUAUUUUACUAAGUCUUAUUCAUGAACCGUUACAUAGAGAAAUGUUUCAAUAUGAAACGGAAAUUGAUAAAAUUAAUAUUAGUAAUACUGAACAGAUGGAAAGAGAAGUUGACGAAUCAAAAGAGAAUAAAACAUCAGUUGAUACAGUUUAUGAUAGUAAAACAAGUGAACAUGUUUGGUGUGUUGUUCGUUAUUCAUCAUCUAUUCAAUAUUAUAAUAUAAUUAUUCUAUUUUUUCAUCUUCUUAUUCCAUUUGUUUCUAAUCUAUUUUCAGCGUUAUUUAUUAUAUUUGGAUCAGCUCGACAACGAUCAUUAGUACAAAAGAAUCAAUCUUAUAAAGAACAUAUUUAUCAACAAUUUCUUGAACAUAAACAAUUAAUUAUAAGUCCAAUUAUAUUAUUAAUUUUAUCAAUGCCUCGUUUAAUUAUUUCAUCAUUACCUGGUUGUAUAAGAACAUCACAAAAUUUAUGGUUAUAUCUUACUGCUUAUUCCUUUUCAUUUACACCAUCAAUACUUAUCUUUAUUAUCUUUGUUUUACCUUCAAAUACAUAUAUGAAAUCAUUUACCAAUUCUCUUAUCACUUGGCGACGUCGAAUACAUCAAUUAUCUUUGGAAUUUUCAUUGCUUAAAUUUAAGACGAAGACAAAAUAA